CUUCUCUUCAAGCGCCUCAUGAAGUCUUCUCCUUAUUUGUUGCUUUGGAAGGCAUAGAAUGCAUCCCGAUCCUCCUCACUAGGAAAUGGCUCUAAUAAUCCAAUCAUACCCGUGGGUAUGUCCAACCGUGCAGAUACUCCGAAAUCACCACCGGCUGUCUCCGUUAUUAGCUUGGCAAGUUUGUUUUACGACAUUGUUUGGACUUUUGGCUUACGUCUACCUCACUUGGUUGGUUGUGGGUUCGAUGCAAGUAAUCGAGGCCGAAGCUUUUAUGAAGCUUGUCGGGUCGGAAAUCACUUUUGAAACGAUCCUCGCGGGUGGCCGUUGCCUCCACAACCAGACGUUUUCAACAUCAGGAUUAUAACACAGAGAUACCGGUAGUGCGAGGACACAAGUAGCAAAAUCACAGGUUCCGUACCGGUACGGUACCGUGAAGCCUAAUUGAUGAGAUGAUGCUUGGGUCAGUAGGGGAAGCCGUCCCACAAGAAGCGAUCUCCACGACAAGCGUCCACACUCCACGAUCUAUCUGUACCAGCCAUUUGUGUCACGAAACGUCGGCUUUGCCUUUUUGAAGUUAGUUUUAGUUAGGACUGCUCCGUGCAAUCGUCUCCUUGGCCUCUUGUGUUAUCAUCGUAUGAAAAACACAUCGGCGAACCGGGUGGAGUCACAACUAUAGCCAACAAAGAACCCACGCCCUGAGUGGACGGCUUCUUUUGGAAGCGACAAAUGGCCGAGGCAAAGUGAAUGAGUGAGCAAGAACCAACAAGCCGGAGACCGCACCAGCGAUGUCAUUUCCAACGCAGGAGCCUGAAUAGCUUGAGGUUGUCACUUGACAAGGCCAGCAUGAUCAGGCGACAGCCCAGCCGCGGUUGCAAAAUUGUUCUUUUGCUUGCUCACCACUCUAGUGUGCUUAGAAGUGGUAGACAUGAUGUACAAAACAUUGAAUUGCAAUCCAAAAACUGCUAUCUUAGUACUACAAAAGAUAGACGGGAGGAGAGUGAAGCCCAGCUGCACAUACGGCAUCUAUGCUGGCUAUGGAAGCUGUCAACCAGCCUUGCUUUGCUUGCUGUGGCAGGUGGGGUGACGUCAGUGAUGAAGAUCUUUUGCAUUCGCUUUUUAAUCUUUGAAGACAAACAACGGGAAAUCGAGUACUUUAGUGCAGACCGGUACAAGGAGCAGAAGUAGGAGUAUCAGUGAAGUCGCCGCUAUUCGUCCGGGAUAUUGAAGUCGAUACUGCAGUUCGCUGAUACUAGCUGGUACUUGAUCUCUGUUUGUGUUGGCGUUGUCAUUCGAGUGCAAUAAUGAUGGUCAAGAUCCAAGUCGAGAGCUGUUUGCAAGAGCUAAUCACUUAUCGCAAUUGCUGAUGUGCCCGUGCCUCUUACGUCCCCGUUAGACGUCCAUGUUCAUGCUACAGUAGACUACUACAACAACAAGGUCGUUGUUGGUGGUACUGGUACCUUCGUAGGAAGACCUGGCAGCCGGAAAGGGAGAUGAAGAUUUCUGUGAUUUCAGGCAGCUAAUGUUUGCUUCAUCUCCUCCCUGAGCGAAUUGGGAGGGUUUUCCGAGUGUCUGGCUCGAAGCCCUUUCGACCGUGUCGGUAACAGCACCGGUACGGUACUGGUAGCUAGCUACAUGCAGUACCAGUGGAUGUUGCUGCCAUUGGGAAGGCAACGGGCAACGUAAUGCAACGAGGGUUGCGUGUGUGACGGAAGCGAACACCAUGACCCGGUGACCCUGGAGAGUGCCUCCCAGCUGAAACGCUUCCACCGGUCGUACCAGCCAGCACAAGAAAUCCCCAACCACCGGACGGGAGCUUUCAGGUGAUCGCAGAGAGCAUUGAAAGUGGUCGUGAUGGUUGCGUGAAAGCCGGUCAGCUGGAUGGGAAAGUGGCAGAACAUGCUCAGUUUCAGACAGGAAGGAGGGGGCAAAAUUCUUGAAGUCCUUGGCCGUUGCACUACCAAGUAGCUAGCUAGCUAGGUAAGGCUCCCCUCGAAAGCUGGAGUUUUGAAGUGGCUUGGAUCUGCCACAAAACUUUGUGGCCCUGACCUCUACUAGCAAGCAAAGGAAAACAUAUCUACCCGUUCGAAAUCCAGAACCAUGUUGCUUGGCACUUCUGAGAUCAAGAUUGCGUUGCUGGGCAACGUUUCAGCGGGCAAGACCACAGUAUUGAAUGCCCUUUUCAAGCAAAAGUAUGGUGAAGUUAGCAUGAAACGGACAACUGCAGGUGUGAACUACUUCAGGAUCUGCGCUCCUGGUACCGGGGCACCUGCUGAUGGCAAGAAAGAAGAAACGACCAAAGUGGAUGAUGAUGGUAGCAAGGAACCUGUCAACGAAAAGAAGGAAGAACCCACGGGCUGCAAGAAAGAAGACAGCCAGGAACCCAAUGUUGGCAACGGCGCCAACGCUGUGUCACCCCAAACCGAAGGAUAUGGUGCGCAGGCACCUGAUUGCCAAAAAGAAGAAGCAAUGAUCAGAGACGAAAAACCCAAGAGCUGCACGAAAGACGACAGCAAUGAACCCAUUGACGGCAGGAAGGACGACAACGUUGGCAGCGGCGCCAACGCUGGUGGGGCAGAAGACGGUGGCACCCCUUGGUUCCCGCACAGCGAUGAACCCCGCUCUGCCAAGUCGACUUUGGAAGAGAUCACAACAGACAAUAGGGAACUUCGAGAGAGUGUCGACGUGCAGGAGAAGUGGUUUGACAUUGAACUCACCGAGAACUUGGUGGAGAUGCGAAAGGGCACUCAACUGGUUGUAGUUGACAUUCCUGGUAUCAACGAAGCCGGAGCGUGCAGCAAGUACAAGGACUAUGUCAUUGAGAAAUGGGAUACGUUUGAUUGCCUGGUGCUGGUCAUGGAUGGCAGGCAGGGAGUCAAUACAGAAGACCAGGUAUUUCUGUUGAACCUCGUUGAAAACAACAGCAAGAGACGCGAGGAAGUUCCGAUUAUUGUCUUGUUCAACAAAGUGGACGAUCCAAGUGACAAAGAACAGGCAGAACUUGUGCGCGAAGCCAGGGACGAAGUUGCAAGGACCUUCGGAUCGGUGAACUUUGUUGUUGAUCCACAGGAGGAAUCCAACCCAAUCAUGUCUCCACCUAAAGCUGGUACCCCAAGUCAGAAGUCAGACGGUGACAAGACUGACUCGUCUUCUUUCGCAGCUCCUCAGUCUUCGUUCCCACCCUCAACUUUUGGGACGUCUGGUGCGAUGGCAACUGUUGUAAGAAAGCGCCAACAGCAGCAUCAAGGAGGGUCCUUUUCAGGGAGCCAUUCAGGGAGCCAAAGUGGAAGAGAUGGCCGUAGUGUUCACACUGAUGAUGAUAGCCAUGUCCACCAGUCACCAACACUUCCAAAGAGUGGUGACAGGUCUAGGCAUGCGACUACAAGUGAUGCCCCUGCACAGACACCAUUUGGCUCUGGAUCGUCAGUUCCAUUUUCUUUUGGGACAUCUGGAGCAACUGGGACUUCAAGUAAUGCCCCUGUACCAACACCAUUUGGCUCUGGAUCAUCAGGUCCAUUUUCUUUUGGGGCCUCGGCAACUGGGACUGCAAGUAAUGCCUCUGUGCCCGCACCAUCUGGCUCUGGCUCAUCAGGUCCUUUUUCUUUUGGGACGUCAACUACGACUAAAAGAAAUACCGCUGUACCCACCCCAUUUGGCUCUGGAUCAUCAGGUCCAUUUUCUUUUGGGGCCUCGGCAACUGGGACUACAAGUAAUGCCUCUGUGCCCGCACCAUUUGGCUCUGGCUCAUCAGGUCCUUUUUCUUUUGGGACAUCUGGAGUAACUGGGACUUCAAGUAAUGCCCCUGUACCAACACCAUUUGGCUCUGGAUCAACAGGUCAAUUUUCUUUUGGGGCCCUGUCACUAUCUCCAGUUCCUGCCUCGUGUCUGUCAACAAAGCGCAUGCGAGCAAAAAACAGAAAAGUGAAGCCCUCAUUCGUUCCAGUUUCCGCGAUGUAUGCGUUCAUCCAUCAAAGCGCUUCGUCCAUGUCAUUGGAUCAAUUCAAAUCCUUUUUUGACAAGGAUCUCAUCGAAAAGGUUGGUCGCUUCCAGCUUGGACAACGCAGAUGGAACAAGCUGACCGAGGACGAGAGGAUACUGGAGACGUACGAUAUCCUCAGCGACUCUUUGAUCCACACCGAAUCAUUGAAAAACAGCAAUUUUGACAAGUUCCUCACGUUGCUGAACCAAACUAUCGGCGGAGAGACUGCGCAGCGCAAACUAAUUGAAGGCCAGAUUCGUAGGUCUCUUCAAACUCUGAAGGAUGGAAAGUACAACGCGCAAACUAUGAUUCGGAUUAUGGGGGGCAGUGAAGUCAUGCUCUCUGAUUGCAUUGAAUCCGCUGCUGCCAAAACUCACGCACUCCUUGGAGGGGAUGCCGUGAAGAGGAUUGUGCCCGACUUGAUCGAUUCAUUCUGUGAGAGUUAUCAGAGUCUAGAAGAUGCUGCGUUUGCCAACUUGGAACAGGAUGGCCCAAGCAGUAUCAAUGUUCUUGCACUUCCCAUGGUUGAACUGAUCUCGUGUCACACAAUUGGUUCCAAGCUAGAUUUGGGUGAUCUUGGACAAUGCGCUGAAGCAAGAAUGAAAGUCUUGUUUAGGAGGCAACUCGUCUUUCUCCUUUGUCAGUCCAGCCAAAAAAUCCCAACUUUCGGGGCUGCACUCAACCGCAACCAGCGCUGGGAUUUGUGGGUCGUCGAUUGGCAUCAGAUUUGGGGUUCAAUUUUACUUGUUGCUUCCAUCAGCAAACACUUCAAUUUGGCGUUUGGCAGGGAAAAAGUAUCGAUUCUGGACAUUCAGUAUGCUAUGGCCCAGUCGAAAUGGCUGCAAUGGGUCGACGCAUAUAAGUACGCGCCGAACGGCGCAUUCGCGAAGGCUAAUGUGUGUCCUUCGUGCGGAUCCGGGUGUAAUGCAAGGGCAAACAUGAGAUAUUGUAGUGGAUGCCGAAACGCCUAUUUUGAAGGCCUUUCAACGCAAGGGGGCCCGGGCAAAUGCUUUGCUUGUUGCAUGGCGGUUGAGAAUGGCAGAUGCUCGGGGGAGGGGUGCUCCUAUUCCUACCACUUCCUGGGCGAUGCCGUGCUCUACCGAGACGCAUUGGUGCACAAGUUUGAUGCCACUACAUUGGAGCUGGAACCAAAGAGCCCCAACCCGAAAAAGACCGUGAGGGUACCAAGCAGUCUGUCAAGCCCAAAGCAUUUUGGCCAUAUCGCUUUUCUUUACUGUGAAUUCAUGGAGUCCCUUGAUGCCAUCGAGGAGAAAGCGUCACCCUAGCUACGACCGGAUGGAUGAUACGGUGGUCCAGAGCCAGAAUGUCCGCUCUAUUGCAUGUUUCUUUCACUUGUAAAGUACUGAUGUGCUAACCGACUGCGUAUUGACUACAUCGUACUGGUAUGCUUCUUACUCAUUGAUUGGUCACUCAUCUUCCCGAUUUCACUCGGAACUCUCGAGUUCUCUCCAGCCACUUCCAAGCUCAUUGAGGGUGCGUCUUCAAUAUGGUCGACAGGUCGCACUCCCUGUUGUCGGCUUUGUCGUUCUUCUUUUGACAGGAGAGGGCGACGAGGCAGACAGGAAGCAAGCGCUUGCUAGCUAGCAAACUUGUUUUCUGUCCGUGAUGCAUGCAUUCAGAUCAAUUUUGCUUUAUACAAAACUUAUCAGAGCAGCCUGUGAAGAGUUUCCUCGUUCGGAGCUGAACCUUUCGAGAACCGGCCGUCGCUCUUGGCCGAGUAUUGCUUCUUAUCACCGCCUGCUGCCGCGGACUACUCCCACCACUUCCACGGUACUUUGGGAGGUUUAGCUUGUGUGGUGCUGCGGAUUGGAGGCCGUUGCAGAAUUAGACGUGUAUUCGAAUGAUUGUGGUCCUCAAAUCACGCACCCGCCAAGUGGUAUUCGGUAGCAGGGGUCAACUCGAAGGUGGAUUCUUUGACAGAGAUCAUGACAAAGUCAGUCGGGAAGCACAAACAAGCCCUUCUUAGCCUAAAUACUGGUUGGUAGCCAAGGAUAGACCAAACCAAUGCAGGCCCCGUAUUCCACGGUGGGACUCCACGCAGUCGCCUUCUUCUCGCACACUAGGAGACCUUGGCUGCCUUCUCGCUCUUCUGAUGGGAGGUGUGAUAGCUGGGCGACCAGGCACCACGGGCGAAAUACUCCUUCCACGGGUGGUGCGCUUGGGGCGAACGGGAUGUUGUUCCUGUGGAUUUGCUGCGAGACGAUGCCUCGCCGCGCUUGGGCGAAAGACUGGACUCCUUGCUUUUGUGUAUCCUUGUUGGCGGUGAGGAGGAGACAGACUUUGAAGAAGAAGAGGUGGAGGAUCCGUAGGAAGUCCAGGAGAUGAGUGUCGAGUUUGAAUGUUUGAAUCUGUCCGCGGCAAGCGACGUGCAAAGGAGCACAAAAAAGGCUUCUGGAGAAUCUUGGGUGCGAAUCGAAUGAUACGGUAUUAAUUAAUACUGUACAUGUAUACAUCGUACUGGUACCUGGUAUCAUUCAAUCGACUACAGUACUGUAUGAAUUGUGCAGAAUCCUGGGAUUCUACUGGAAACAAAUCCGCGUACAGUCGUACGCUACCGUACGGUAGCGGGUGAAGCCUUUUCAAUGCCUGGUAUGACAUACAUGGUACUUUUACUGCAGGCCCGUUCGCUCCGGGAUUGUGCAUCACUGACGCACGCACGGCUACCGUAUACCGUACGGUACCGAAUGUACUGUACUAUUAAUAGUAGUCUACGCACAAUAAUUGGGUUCUUCCAAUCGCAAGCAGUUCUCCGUGGAAGUGGGUGGAGGCCGUUUCCUCUAGCUACGGUAGAGCUAGCCAGUCGCCAGAUAGCGGUACCGCUACAGAAUUUUCUGGCACAAAGAGUUGACCGAGUCUCCUUGCUACCGGUCUGCGAGAAGGAGGACGAGGAGCUUUGCAACCAUAGACAUUACUAGCUAGUAGCUGAACAACAACGCAGUCAGGGCAGGGGCGCGCUGUCGCUAUACGGUGGGCACAAGCAAGCGCUCGGACAUCGACCUUGCGCAAAAUGAUUAGGCGAAGAGAGCAGCACUGUGCGUUGCUAGACAACAAACAGGACAACUGGAAAGCAUGUAACAUUAUACUAUGAAUCAGUCUGUUUAGGCAGGAAGAGCUGUGGUGAAGCGUUUCUCUACAGGUAGCAUGGCGGUAUAUGUAGGUGCACUGGUGGUUCUCUCAAGAGGAACACACGCAAUAUCGUCACCUGCUGCCUCGGACAAGGAAGAAGAGGCUAGAUCAUCAUUGAAACUCGAUUUUGCGGAAAGAGUCGUUUUCUUCUUUGGUGGUGGUGUUUUGCUUCUUCCGUUCAGCAGGGGCCCAAGUAGGCAAUUGGCACUCCGGCUUCGCUGGAGAGUUGACGCUGUCACGUGGACUGCUGUGUUGGCUACCUCCAUCGUGGCAUCCACUGCAAACUUGCCUACUCCGACCGUUGCUCCGACGGCAGCUCCGGCUACAAGGAUGGGAAAUCCAACUGCAGCCUGAGUCGUGACCAGACCAACGUUAGCAGCUGUUGUAGCUGUCUUGGUAAAACCAGUGAC